AUGACCAAGCCUCUGAAGACGCGGAUCCGGCUCGAUGAGUUCUGGCAACAAGUUGUCUACGAGAACUUGCCGGAGAUCUGCUUUAAAUGUGGCCGAAUUGGGCACUCUGAAGCCGCCUGUCCCAAGCUUCAUAAUCCCCCGGCGAGUCUGUCUCAGGCGAACGUGUCGGAUCUGCCACAGGUACCGGAGGACAGCCCACCGGAGCCACCUGUCGGUUACGGGCCACGGAUGCAGGUAAUUAGGAAAUCACGGAGCCAGAAUAGGAAAGGGCAAACCAACCAUGGAUCCGCCCAAGGCAAUCAAACGGGCAGAAGCUAUGAAGCCGGGAAAGCGCCGCUCAAAAUGGGAAAGAAAUCGAAAGAUGAACAAGGCAACUCUGUUUUCUUGAAAGUCAGGAAGGGUAAGGAGGAGUUGAAAGGGGAUCCGAAAAAGGGAAAGGCCACCUUACAAUAG